UACUACUCCCCGGUCUAGGACGGAGGUCUACAGGGUGCAGUCACGGGGGCAUGCCGACCGGACCGAACAGCUUGGACUACCCUCCCGCCAGUCUGGAAGGAAGCUUCCUCGGUAACAGAUAGGGGAACUUGCCUUUCCCCUUCCUCCUGCUACUUUCCGUGCGGAGGAGCCAUGAGUGACUGCAGUGAAGGCAUUACAUUCUCGGUGCCCGUGUCCCCUCAGUAUGAGGAGAAGCCUGGCGUCAGACAGCACGGGGCAGCAGCAGCAGCACCCUGCACUGGCAGCAGGCUCCCCGAAGCUGGCAGCUUCUGGCACCAAGACUACGUCCAUGCUGCUAGCGGGGAAGGCACGGCGGGCCGAUGUAGUAAGGGCUUCACCCCAGCUGGGACCUCUGCUGGCAGCAGCCGCAGUAUAACUGUGGUCUAUGUGAUCAAUGAGGGCACCCCGGGGCUGCAGGCCUGUGAGAGCGCUGCCCUACACAGCCUGCAGGAGGCGUGCGAGAGUCAGGGGGCAACGCUGGAGACUCUGCAGUUCGGCAAGCUAGACUUCGGGGAGACCACGGGGCUUGACCGCUUCUACAAUGCAGAUAUUGCAGUUGUAGAAAUGACGGAUGCAUUUCGCCAGCCUUCGCUGUUCUACCACCUUGGCGUUAGAGAGAGCUUUAGCAUGGCCAAUAAUAUCAUCCUGUACUGUGACACAAAUGCUGAGACUCUGCAGUCUCUGAAGGAAAUUAUUUGUCAAAAGAAUAACAUGUGCACUGCUAACUACACAUUUAUUCCCUAUAUGAUCACACCCCAUAAUAAAGUGUUCUGCUGUGAAAAUAGCUUCAUGAAAGGACUGACGGAAUUGAUGCAGCCUAACUUUGAAUUGCUCCUUGGACCUAUUUGUUUGCCGUUGGUGGAUCGCUUUAUUCAGGUCUUGAAGAUGGCACAGGCCAGCUCAUGCCAAUACUUCCGAGAAGCCAUCCUCAGUGAUAUUAGACGUGCGCGCAACCAAUACACUGGAAAGCAGCUAGCGGCUGAACUGACAAGGAUACGACAUCGUGUAGAUAACAUUGAAGUUUUGUCGCCUGAUAUCAUUAUUAAUUUGCUCUUGUCAUACAGGGACAUCCAGGAUUAUGAUUCCAUUGUAAAGUUGGUGGAGACAUUAGAAAGACUGCCAACCUUUGAUCUGUCCUCCCACCUCCAUGUCAAGUUUCAUUACGCAUUUGCGCUAAACAGGAGGAAGCUACCAGGGGACAGAGAGAAAGCUCUUGAGAUAAUGUUACCCUUGGUACAACAUGAAGACCAGGUUGCUUCUGAUGUGUACUGUCUGGUGGGAAGAAUCUACAAAGAUAAGUUUCUGGAUUCUAAUUUCACUGAUGAGGAGAGCCGAGACAAAGGCAUACACUGGUACAGGAGAGCAUUUGAGUCUGAGCCAACCCUUCACUCUGGAAUUAAUUAUGCAGUGCUCCUUUUGGCGGCUGGGCAUAACUUUGAUUCUUCAUUUGAACUUCGUAAAAUCGGAGUGAAAAUUAGCAGUUUGCUGGGUAAAAAGGGAAGCAUGGAGAAACUUCAGAGCUAUUGGGAUGUUGGAUACUAUAUGGGAGCUAGUGUGUUAGCAAAUGACCACACAAAAGUAAUCCAGGCAGCAGAAAAACUAUUUAAGAUGAAGACACCAGCUUGGUACUUGAACUCUGUGGUGGACACUAUUCUGAUUUACCAAAAAUUCAAGAAACCAAACUUGGAGAAACAUGUAUCCAAACAAGAGAUUGUUGAUUUUUGGAUGGAUUUUCUAGUUGAAUCUACAAAUACAAAUGUGUCUGUUGUGCGAUUUCCAGUCUUGAUCCUGGAACCUACAAAGAUCUAUCAGCCAUCCUAUCUUUCCAUCAAUAGUGAAGCUGAGGAGAAAACGAUAUCUAUCUGGCACGUACUUCCACAUGAUAAGAAAGGAUUUCACGAAUGGAAUUUCAGUGCCUCUUCCAUAAGAGGUGUAAGCAUAUCGAAGUUUGAAGAAAGAUGCUGCUUUCUGUAUGUUUUGCACAACUCCGAUGACUUCCAGAUCUACUUCUGUACAGAACUUCACUGUAAAAAGUUUUUUGAUAUGGUGAAUAGCAUCACUGAAGAACAUGGAAAAAACACAGACGAAGUGGAUUGUGAUACAGAUUCCCUGGAAUUCGAUUAUGAAUAUGAUGAAAAUGGCGACAGAGUUGUGUUGGGUAAAGGUACACAUGGAGUGGUUUAUGCAGGACGAGACCUCAGUAACCAAGUCAGGAUAGCUAUAAAGGAGGUGCCUGAGAGAGACAGCAGGUACUCACAGCCACUCCAUGAAGAGAUUGCACUUCACAAACAUCUCAAACACAAGAAUAUUGUCCAAUAUUUGGGCUCAUUCAGCGAAAAUAAAUUCAUUAAGAUUUUUAUGGAGCAGGUACCAGGAGGAAGCCUUUCUGCUCUUCUGCGAUCCAAAUGGGGACCUCUGAAAGACAAUGAACAAACGAUUGGAUUUUAUACCAAGCAGAUACUUGAAGGCUUGAAAUAUCUUCACGAUAAUCAGAUAGUACACCGAGACAUAAAGGGUGAUAAUGUCUUGAUAAACACAUAUAGUGGGGUGCUGAAAAUUUCUGAUUUUGGUACGUCAAAGAGGCUUGCUGGUAUCAACCCAAAUACAGAGACAUUCACCGGCACUCUUCAGUACAUGGCUCCAGAAAUAAUAGAUAAAGGUCCAAGGGGGUACGGGAAGCCUGCAGAUAUUUGGUCCUUGGGCUGCACAGUAAUCGAAAUGGCUACAGGAAAGCCUCCUUUUUAUGAACUAGGAGAACCACAAGCUGCCAUGUUUAAAGUCGGAAUGUUUAAAAUCCAUCCAGAAAUCCCAGAAACAAUGUCGGCAGAGGCAAAGGCCUUUCUUUUGAAGUGUUUUGAGCCUGACCCCGUGAAACGUGCCACUACUCCUGGGCUGCUUAUGGAUGAAUUCUUAACAGUUUCAAUGAAAAAACGGAAGUCCAAUCUUACGCUGUUAGCCAUUUCUCCUGGAUCAACGGAUUAUAUGAGGAGUAUAUCAUUGCCUGUGCCAGUGAUGAUGGAAGAUGCAAGUAGUAGUAGUGAAUAUGGAUCAGUAUCACCAGAUACAGACCUGAGAUCAGAACCUUUCACCUUUACAUCAAGAACUAAAUCUUGUGUUGAAAGAGAGGAGAAAGUCAAAAGAGGUUUUUUCCUUGGAAUUCCAGAUGAACUUUUUGAAGAUCACAGUGCUCCUCCCUCACCGGAGGAAAGAGAUUCUGGAUUCUUCAUGUUGAAGAAGGACAGUGAACGAAGAGCUACACUGCAUCGCAUACUGACUGAAGAUCAAGACACUGUUGUGAAAAACCUGAUGAAAGCUCUUGAUCAGGGAACAGAAGAAACCAAAUUAAAGUGGGAACAUGUUACAACCCUAGUUACAAGCUUACGAGACUUUGUGAGAUCCACUGACCGGAAGAUAAUUGCUUCUACUCUUUCAAAACUCAAACUGGAGCUUGACUUUGACAGUCACGCCAUUAGUCAAGUCCAAGUGGUGCUGUUUGGUUUCCAAGAUGCGGUCAACAAAGUUCUUCGCAAUCAUCACAUCAAGCCCCACUGGAUGUUUGCUCUCGACAGUAUCAUUAGAAAGGCAGUGCAAACCGCCAUCACCACAUUAGUACCAGAACUGCGGCCACAUUUUAGCAUCACUUCUGAAAGUGACCCAGCAGACCAAGAUGACCUCGAGGUGGAGGAAGACCCUAAUGCCCUACCUACACAACAGACCAGUGAGGUGGCUAGUGCAGUGACUGACGAUAAUGUGCAUACAUCUGGAGUAAGCACCCUCAGUUCCACUGUGUCGCAUGACUCUCAGAAUGCUCAACGAUCGCUUAGUAUGCAACUGGGGAGACUAAAAAUUGUGUCCAACAGGCUUCUAGAGGAACUGCUACAGAAAGAGAAGGAAUUCCAAGUAUUAAUACGUCAGGCUAUUGAAGAAAAGGACCAAGAAAUCAAACGGCUUCAGGAACGCUCAAAGCCAAUAAAUAUCCCCGGUAUAUCCGUGUCCCACAUAAGAACCCCCAAUACACCCAGUGAAGACCUAGAACUCAUCCAUUGGCUGCAGCAACAUCAAGUAGAUGAGGAUACAAUAAACAAGUUUAUGGCAGAAGACUAUACACUGGAAGAUAUCCUGUGGCAUGUUACACGAGAUGAUUUAAAAUCCAUGAAUCUAAGGGGAGGGACUCUAUGUGCAAUCUGGAAGGCUAUUGUGGACUUCAGAGAGAAGCAGUCUUCUUGACAUAUGUCUUCCUGGAAUUAUCACCCAAACCAGAAUUCCUGCUAGAGAGGCUGCUGCACUUUAUCUCAGUGUUUGUUCACCAAUGUGAAAUAAUUGUGAAGAACAAGAACAGGCUGCCCUUAUGCCUACUGAAAUCCGUCAUAGGUUCAUGGAAGGGACGCAAGAUAAUAUUUUAAGCUGUACAUACAGUUCUUCCAUUCUACUGCAAAGUGUGACUGCAGGUUCCUUUUACCAAUUAAUUACAAAGGGAAUCAAACUUUUUUUUAUUUGUUUUAAUUUGUCAGUUCUAUGAAAUGUGAUCUGCUGGCAACGUCAAUGUGAGUUCCAGUCUUUGUAUGUAUGUGUGUAUAUGUAUAUAUAUAUAUAUAUAUAUAUAUAUAUAUACAUACACACUCUUGUGUUGGUGGGAUUGGGAAUAUUCUAUUAUAAUGACAUUUACCUUUUUUAUUAUUCUCCGUACUGUUUUUAUUGACUGUUUUGACUGAAGAGGGAGCAGAAUUAUUAGUCUUUUAUGUGUAUUUGUUUUUUACUUCAACAAUAUCAAACUGUACCAGUUCAAUAUUCUGUAUGUGCAUUGAACAAAAGUCGGCUUGUUCUAAAGCUAUUGUGACGUUAGUCCUACUAAUAAACCUCUGACAAACAA